AUGCUCAUUAAAAAUUUAUUAUCUUCCAUAGCGGCUGGAGCUUUUCUAGCUUGCACUAUCGUAUCAGCCGAACAAUCUGAUGUUAUUACUUUAUCAAAAGAUAAUUUUAAAACAAUUGUUGAACCGGAAAAACUCAUUCUCGUUGAAUUUUAUGCGCCAUGGUGUGGACAUUGUAAAGCUUUGGCACCUGAAUAUGAAAUUGCUGCUACCGCUUUAAAAGUCGAAAAUAUCAAACUUGCAAAGGUUGAUUGUACAGCAGAGACCCAAGUCUGCUCCGAACAAGAUAUUAAAGGUUAUCCUACCCUUAAAGUUUUCAAGGAUGGUAAUGCAUCAGAAUAUAAUGGUGGCAGAAAGGCCGAUCUUAUUGUCAAUUACAUGAAAAAACAAGCUUUGCCCGCGAUAUCCGACGUAAAUGUUGAGAAUUUUGACACUUUCAAAGAUUCUGAUGAAAAGGUUAUUAUUGGCUUCUUUGAUGACAAUAAUCAAGAGGAAUACAACACUUUUUCACAAACCGCAGAAGAAUUACGUGAAGAUUUUCUUUUUGGUGCGACGGGUCAAAAAGAUGUCAUCACUAAGGCUGAAGUCAAACCACCCACUGUCAUCCUUUACAAGAAAUUUGAUGAGGGUAAAAAUAUACUUGAGGGCUCAUUUACCAAAGAGGAACUUACUACCUUUAUCAAGAAAAAUUCCAUACCUUUAUUGGCAGAAAUUGGACCCGACAAUUAUGCCUCUUACGUUGAUUCAGGUUUACCUCUUGCAUUCCUAUUUUAUGAAAACGCAGAGCAAAGAACCAAACUUGGUCAAGAAGUUGAAUCCGUCGCAAAAGAAUUCAAAGGUCAAGUUAGCUUUGUAUACAUUGACGCGGAAAAGUUUGGUCAACACGCUGAAAACAUCAAUUUGAAACAAACAUGGCCCGCAUUUGGUAUUUCAAAACCUGAGGAAAAUUUGAAAUUUCCAUUUGAUCAAAGCAAAGAAAUCACUACAGAAGCCAUUAAGGAAUUCGUCACUCAAUUUGUUAAGGGAGAAAUAAAACCAAGCAUUAAAUCUCAACCGAUUCCCGAGAAGAAUGACGAACCCGUUUUUGUCUUGGUUGCUGACAACUUUGAAGACGUUGUGUACGAUGCAACUAAGGAUGUCUUGGUCGAAUUUUAUGCACCAUGGUGUGGACAUUGUAAGAAACUUGUUCCUACUUAUGAAAAAUUGGGAGAAACUUACGCAAAUGUAAAGGAUAAGAUUCUCAUCUCCAAGAUGGAUGCAACUGAAAAUGACCUUCCUGCUAAAGCUACAUUCAAAGUUAGCGGUUUCCCAACAAUCAAACUUUUCAAAGCUGGUGAUAACGAAAUUGUAGAUUAUCAAGGAGAUAGAAGUUAUGAAAGUAUCGUUGAAUUCUUGAACAAGAAUGCACUUAACAAAGUUGACCUUGAUGUUUCUACCGCCGAGUCAUCAACAACAUCAGAAUCGGCACCAACUACCACUGAAGUUGCGGAAGAAAAGCAUGAUGAGCACGAUGAAUUAUAA